CUGUAACAACCAACUGAUAUACAAAUGCUCAGAUGCUAGUCUGUGCAAUGGAUGGCUGAAGGAGGGAGCAGAUGCACUGUUGGCUGCAUGUAUUGAUGGCGAUGUGUCUAUGGAAAUAUAAGAUAUGGAUGCAUUUAUAACAAGUCAAUGACUAUUCGCUGCCAGCAAGAUGGUAUUGCUACUUUGAAUGCAGCUGUUUGUGAUAUCGAUGCUGACCAACUCACUGAAGAGCAAAUCGCUGAAUUUAAAGAGGCAUUCUCCCUGUUUGACAAGGAUGGCGAUGGAACUAUUACCACCAAAGAGCUCGGCACAGUCAUGCGUUCUCUUGGCCAAAACCCUACAGAGGCUGAGCUUCAAGAUAUGAUUAACGAGGUUGAUGCCGAUGGCAAUGGCACCAUUGACUUCCCCGAGUUCCUUACCAUGAUGGCCCGUAAGAUGAAAGACACUGACUCUGAAGAGGAAAUUAAGGAGGCAUUCAAAGUCUUUGACAAGGACGGCAACGGCUUCAUUUCUGCUGCUGAACUUCGCCACGUUAUGACCAACCUUGGUGAGAAGCUUACUGAUGAGGAGGUUGACGAGAUGAUUCGCGAGGCAGAUGUUGAUGGCGAUGGUCAAAUCAACUAUGAAGAGUUUGUCAAGAUGAUGAUGUCUAAAUAAACAUCACAUUUCUUUCCACCUUUUAACAUGUUUCCUUUGCUUGGAAACAGAAUUUUGAGCAAAUGAAUCAAAUGCCGUCUAUUAUGUUGCUGGCUCUCAAUUCUUCCUUGAAUAAAGUAGCUUUUUUC